CAUAAAAUAUUCAGAACUUACCUACACAGAAAUGUCUAAACAGCCUAACCUUACUGGAGGGCAGCCUUUUAUCUUAGGUAUUACACAUUAUCAAGACAGUGCGGAUACGGCAGUUAUUCGCAUCAGUCGGGCAAACGGAAGUGUCAUUGAGAUAAAUUUUGAUAACAUUGAAGAAAUACAAGACAUUAAUUAUUGCUAUAUUGAUGCUAAAAAUCCUAUAAACAUAUACCCAUUGUUUGACAAGUACAUUCUGGUGUCAUACGUUCAUGCAACUGAUACCUCUGAUAAUACAACUUUUAUGGAUAGGGGAAUGAUUUUAGAUUGGAAUGGGAGAAUUAUAAGUAAAAUCGAUUUUGGACCAUCAUACUUAGCUCCAGCCACCAAUGCCUGGAUACCAAAUGAAUAUAUAGUAAAUAAUAUUGUUCCUAAAAGGGGAUUUUUGCGUCUAUCCGUGGUUCGCGGGACAAGUGAUUUUGAAUGGAGUCAAUAUGCAUAUAAUGACAAUGGAAGUUUCAGUUUAUUACAAAGUGAUAGAGUCCAUGAUAUAUAUUCUACCGGUAUCAUUCAAGUUACCGUAUUUGCUACCAUAAGUGGUGGUUAUGCAAUUGUGCAUGCUAAUACAACCAGAAGGAAUGCAACCUCUAACACGUUAUCGGAUCAAUUUAUUGCUAAUGCAGGAUUAUAUGCCAUAAUAUUGGAUUAUAAUCAAACAAAUACAAGCCAAUCAAUUAUUCUACAUGAGAUGCCUACUCCUAAUAUCAAUAUAGCAUUUAGAACUUUACAUUGCUCUGUUGACUAUGUUUACAUUGGGCACACAUGCGUUUUAUCUGGAAUAUCAAUUAAUAGUACUAGAAUAACUAUAACUCCGACUACGACCGCAGCCGCACCGGUUACCACCACUGUAGUAACAACUACUCCAUUUUAUUUAACGACACGUUUUCUUUCCGCCGGAUCUGUACUAAAAUUGGAUCCAGUAUUCAAUAUAUCGUUAAACAGCGUAGCAAAUAUCAGAACACUGCCUCUUGGUGGAUAUGCAUUAACGUCACAAACACAUUAUCUACAAGUUAUAAAUUUCACUUUUGAUCUUUACGAUGAAGAUAAUAACCUGUUCAAUUAUGACUUUCCAAUAAAACCUAUUACUGCAAAUUUACUUGGCGCAUUUGACAUAUUACAAAAUAAUACAAUGAUAGUAGCACUAAAUGAGACAACUUCUUCUUGGCGCCUUCUUUCAAUUGAUCUGCCUAAACUUGCUCCAUAUAUUGAUAGCGGUUAUGGUAAUUUACAUAUAAACUCAACAUAUCCUCAAAAAGGCUUCAAUAAUCUAGCAUUGAAUACCGAAGGGAUUAAUAUCACGUUUAAUGAUCGCAUCUCAUUCUCGUUUUCGGAUGCCAAUUUAACCAUCUAUCAGAAAAUUAACAAAACUAAUAUUCUUCGACAAUCAAUUAAUUCAAGAACUUGUAAUAAAUGUACUGCUUCAGGCAAUGUUAUCACACUUGAAGUGUUUCGGUGUACUUUUAAUGAUCCAGGUGGUCAAUAUUAUGUAAAAAUGGAUAAUAAUUUUGUAAAAAGUAGUGAGUAUGGUGAACCUAUACCGGGAAUUGAUUCAAAUAUGUGGACUUUUCAAACAGAUAAUAGAACUCUACAAAUUAAACCGGUUGAUAGUGAUAUCCAGGGAAAACUACGAUUAACAACAAAUGGAACUCAAUAUUUUCAAGGAUUGAAUAGCUCAGAACAACAUGAUUUUUUCACUAAUUUAAUAAAUGAACUCGUAAUGAUAAUUCCGAUAGAAAAGGGGAGAUUAAAAUCAAAUGAACAUAGUCAAUUUGAUACAUCUUCUAUCGAAUCGAAAAUUCUUAUUUCGCUUUCUAUUAUUGGAACAAAAAAUGGUAAAAAAAAGAAUGCUACAGCGAUGAGAGAUGAUUUAGAUCUAUUGAUAUCAAAUAAAAAAUUUACAAACAUAUCAAGUGGGACUAUCACAAAGUAUUUAGAUGAAACUUAUGGAUUUAUGCCAACUGCCAGUUUGAAGUCACCAGAGAGUGAAAAUUUCGCAAUUUUCCAACUUGGAAUUGCUUUAUUUCGUAUUGGCACCCUUACAGCAUUUAUUUUUACUGAUGCUAAAG